AUGUUUGUGGUGAUGGACAAAAGCAAAGUGGCGGCUGAAAAUACUAAAUGUUAUUCCCACAAUCUGCUGCUUGUGGCUCUCUGGUCCAUCGAUGUUGUUGAAUCUAAAGAGACCGACAAGUUCCUCCAGUCCCUCUUUGCACAGCCACGUCUGUACAUCCUGCUCUGUCCAAUCAGCAAGCAGCAGACUGGCGAUCAUGAUGACGAUGGUCUAUUUUUUCUGGACUGUCAAAUAAUGAACAGAGGAAAACCAACAAUGAAAUGCUGUAAAAAUCACAUGCAAAUGCUUUUCCAGUCCACAGCAGAGCACAGCCAAAUCCAGACAAACCCGCUGACGAGUCCUGCUCUUGUGUUGGGGAAAGGUGGAAGACACAGCAACAGCAGUGACAUAUCUGCAGGAAGGAGGAAGAGCAGCAGGAAGGUGAAGACUGAAACUGGCAAAGGAUCAGCACAAAAAGUCAGGUUGCCUGAAACCACUGAGAAAAAAAAAAAAAAAAGAAUCUUGGAUCAUCUUAAAUCCUUUUACAUCAAAGCUCUCUGCGUGUUUUUACCUGCGAUGCCACAUCAAUGGCUGAACAGAAAGCAAAAUGUACUGUUGCCUCACUGCACCCAGUGCUUUGGCAAAAACUAA